UUUCACAGCGUCGAACAGCAGCGAGCAUUGACAGAACGAACGCGGAAUGUCCACUUUAAAACUUAGAUAAAUGGCCACCGUUGUUAUUACGCUCUUCCUAUUUGUACAAUUUUGUGUUUGUAAAAUGGACGCCGUGUGCAUUAAAAAGCGAAGGACUCCACUUUCGUCCAGAAGGGAAAAGCGGUGGAGCAUGAAUUCUCAGCGACUCGAUGAAAUAGUGGCGCAGCUGAUGCAGCCUGUGUCAAUGAGAAAUCAGGAGAAAAUCUUCGACCAUAACAUCACCGAGUUGCUGGAGGAGUAUAUGACGGAGGCCGGGCUUCGUGCGCUGGAAGGGGGCGAAGACGUCCGCGUCAACUUCCCCGAGAUGGCUCUGUUGCUGCAGCGCUCCGUCGACAUCUACAGCCACAAGGUCGACUGCCUCCACCAAAAUAUCCUCGACUACUGCGACAAGCUACUCACCGCGAGGGAGGAGGAGGAGGAGGAGGAAGCGGGCGAGGAGGCGGGCGCGGAGGAAGCGGGCACGGCUAGGCGCGGGCGGCGGCGUGGCUCGGCGGAGCGCGGCGCGGCGGAGGCCGAGUUCGAUCACAUCGCGCUGCAGGGCGCGGCGCCGCGCGAGGGGGGCGCGGCGCGGCCGCCGCCCACGCUGCCGCGCAUGUACGUCGAGCUGGAGCCGCGCGUCAUCACGCCCGCCGACGCCCCGCUGCUGGACUACGCCGGCGAGCCCAUCGGCUUGCUCUCCGACUUUCAAGUCACCUGGCGCCUCCAUCGAGGACUGUUGGUGGACGAGCUGGAAGACGGCACGAGCCAGGAGCGCAGGCUGCGGCCCAUCUCCCUGCUGGAGCUGCAGGAGGCCAUCGCCGCCGCCGUCUGCCCUCUGCCGCCGCGCGCCAGCACGCCGCUGGACGCCACGCCGCCCGCCACGCCGCCGCGCACGCCCGACCACGCCAUGGCGCACCACACGUCUGAUUUGGACGCCACGCUACAAUCGCCAGACUUGGCUGCCAGAAUUCAGCCGCCUGACUUGGCAGCCCCCAUACAAACGCCCGGCUUGGCCGCGAUGGCCCACGCCCCUGAACUGGCUGCCACGCUGCGCACCCCCGACUUUGGCGCUGCGCUCCACGCGGCCGACGUGGCCGACAUGGCCAGGCUGGGGGACACCCCCGUGCAGCCUGGUGCACCCGCUAACACAUCCACGCCGAAACUUAACAAAAAAGAAAGAAAGAGAAGAAGUGAUAGCAAUAUUGACGCCGCCAUAAAAAUAUCUGUUGGGGAAGAUCUACGGCAAAAGUUGGACGAAGUACAGGAGUUCAGCAUACCGCCUACUUGGAUCAAAAAGAUCGUUAAAAGACGGAAGAGUGAAAUUUUGAGCAGUCGCAGGCUAAUACGCGAAGAGAAUCCUAUACCCCGUGGAGAGUUCCCCGGCUGGAGCGCGGAGGAGGGCGUGCAGGCCGCCGCGGCCGCCGCCAAGGACGCGUCCCGUCUGCUCGACAGCGACGACGACGACGGCUUCUUCGAGCAGAGCUCCGUCGGGGACUCCGACGCGUCGCGCGCCGAGGAGCCCCGCGUCGCCGACCUGGCGCCCGCUGCGCUGCUGGCGCUGGCGCCGCCCGAGGGCGCCGACGGCGGCGAGGCCGGCGGCUGGCAGCAGCGCGUCCUGGCGCGCGCCGCGGCCGCGCCGGCGCCCGACGUCCGCGCGCUGGGCCGCGCCGUGCUACGCGCGCUGGGCGGCGCGGGGCGGCGCGCCGUGUCCUGGCGCGAGCUGCAGCGCGGCGUGGCGGCGCCGCCGAGCCACGUGCUGCUGGCGGCGCUGUUCCUGGCCAACUCGCGCAACGUGGAGCUGCUGGCGGGCCCGGCGCUGUCGGUGGCGGACUUCUCGCUGCGCCUGCUGUCCACGGACGAGAGCCGCUACAGCGAGGCGGCGGCGCAGGAACCCUUCCUGCGGUGAACUGCGCGCUCUCGGAACGCUGUCGCGGUCGACCGUCGACCGUGGAGGUAUUAUUCGACGACUUACUGAUACAACAAAUGUUGUUUGUAAGUUUCUGCUCACGAAUACAAAUUGUGCUAAUAUAAUAACUGUUAGUUUAGCGGGUAACGUGCAUCAUGCAAAUUAUAUUUUUAAAGAAUGUUUUGUGUAAAAACGCCAACAAAUAGAUUAGAUUUAAUAUAUUUCACUUACAACAAGUAGUUAUCUAAAGAUUAGUUGAGUUAACAGUGUAUUUUAUUGAUACUCUGUUAACAGUUCACCAAAUGUGUGAAAAUUCAACUAUCUACACUAGCCGGGACGCGACCACGUCCGCCCUGCUCAGUGAUAUGUACACAGGCCCUUGUACUGUUGUAAAUAAACUAAUAAAAAUGUUUAUGUAAUAAUGUUUACAAAGUUUUUGUAUAAAAAUAAGUUCUAUUUUUAACUGAACUCUAAACGUAAAAUUACGUACUACUUAUACAUACAUAUAAAUAUGUAUAAUAUAUAUUUCAUGAAUCUUAAUCUACUCAUAACUUGCAACAUUGGCGUACGCAAUUCCGCAAUUGACGUAGCAACGACUGGGUCGAGUACAACUCGACUUCAUGAGUGUUGUGAGAGAGUUUAUGUAUAUAAUGUUUCUCUAAUGUAAAUAUACUUAUAAGUUUCAUUGUGAUCAAAUUGGGAUGGCAUUCCUUCACUAUAGUAUAGGAAUCAAAUGUAAUGAAUUGGUCCAUUGUAUGGUUCUACACUACUAUGUGUACAAUACUAAGUAAGCUGCACACUUUUCAUAUAGAUAUUGACCAUCAUAAUCCAUAUCCAGUAAAGUAAUGAAUUUCUGCACCACUGAAAGUUGUCUUACAUCUUGAAAC